AUGGCCCUCAACAUCGUCCGUUCCACGGGCAUCCCCGCCAUCGCGAGGGCCAACGCCGUCCGCGCCUUCUCCUCGUCGCCCGCUGUCUCCAUGGCCGCUCGCGCCGCUGCUGUCGGCAAGACGUCGACCGCCGCUGCCGAGAAGAAGAAGGCCGAUGCCGCCCAGCUGAAGGAGAAGGCCAAGGCCCAUGCCGCAAAGGAGAAGGAGAAGGAGAAGGCCAAGGCCGCCGCUGCAAAGGAGAAGGAGAAGGUCAAGGCCGCCGCUGCAAAGCAGAAGGAGAAGGAGAAGGCCAAGGCCGCCAAGCAGAAGGAGAAGGAGAAGGGGAUUGUUGACGCCGAGAAGAAGAAGUUGGCCGACGCCAGGGCCAAGGAGAAGGCCACCUCUGUGAAGGAGAAGGAGGACCGUUCGACCGUCAAGGCUCUCCUCGCCGCAGCUCCCAAGCGCCCCGCCACACCAUACUUGGUCUACUUCACCGAGUUCUGGAGCACCAACAAGGGGACCUACAAGACUGCGGAAGGCAACUACAAGAACACCGCCGGUGGCACCACCCUUACAGAGGCAGUUAAGGACGCAUCCGCCAAAUGGCUUGUCAUGUCCGAGGCCGAGCAAGCCAAGUACCGCGAGGCCGCUUCCGACGCCGCCGCCAAGUACGCGCGCGAUUACCGCCGGUUUUACGAGUCGCUCACCCCCGAGAACCUCAAGCUCAUCGCCAAGGUGCAGGGCAAGGAGCCGGCACCCCCUGGUGGUAGGCGCGCCGCCAAGCUCGAGUUGCGCAACCGCCCCGGAAACCCCGGCAAGCCCUCUGGCGCGUACUUUAUGUUCCUCAAAGAUAAGCGUGCCGAGAUCGAGGCUGCCAACCCCAACUGGACGGGCAACGAGCGUAUGCUCAAGCUCUCUCGCGCCGCUGGCGACAUGUGGCGUAACCUGCCACAGGCAGACAAGGACGCCUACAAGGAGAAGAACGCCGUGGCCAAGGAGGCGUACGAUGCGUGGGUCAAGACCCAGGAGUAG